AUGGCAAUUCCUUUAAGCGCUAGAUGUGUACAAGAUGAAUUAACUUGGGCGUACUCAAAGGAUGGCUAUUCGGUGAAAACUGCUUAUAUGUUGGGUAAAGGUGGGAACCUGGAGUAUUUUCAUAGAGUGUGGAAUAUUUUGGGGAGCUUAAAUGUGUCGCCUAAGGUUCGCCAUCUCAUGUGGUGUGCAUGCACAAGCUCACUCCCGGUAAGGGGUGUGCUUAAGCGACAUCACCUUGUUGAAGAAGCUGGUUGUCUCUGCUGUGCCAGAGAGGAUGAGAUGCAAUCACAUUUAUUCUAUAGUUGCCCGAUGUCGCUAAAAUUGUGGGAAGAGCUGGGUUGUUAUAUGUUAUUACAUGGGGUGGAAGAUGAAGGCAUGUGUGAUACUCUUGUCAGAUGGAGUGAGAUGGAUGCUAAGGUGGUUCAAAAGGGUUGUUAUAUCUUUUGGAAUGUGUGGGGUGAAAGAAAUAAGAAAGUAUUUGAGGAUAGUAGCGAUCCGGUCCCUGUUGUGUGCCAGAGAAUCAUGAGACAAGUUGAUCACUUUAAUUGCUAUACAGUGAGGAUUUAUGGUGGAAUCCGACCCAUUGACGCUCCGAACCCAGCUCGAUGGCUCGCUCCCCCUGCUGGCGCUAUUAAACUGAACACAGAUGCAAGCUUGGCUGAUGAAGGUUGGGUGGGUCUUGGUGUGAUAGCCCGUGAUUCGGAGGGUAAGGUAUGCUUUGCUGCAACUAGACGUGUGCGUGCCUACUGGCCUCCCGAGGUAGCUGAAUGUAAGGCCAUUUAUAUGGAAGCCCGAUUGGCCAAACCUCAUGGGUAUGGUGAUGUGAUUUUCGAGUCCUAUAAUCUAGUAGCUACCAAAAGAUUAAUUAAAGCAGCAAUUUUCUUCUCAAAUUUGGAUGUAAUACUUGGGGAUAUUCUUUCUAUGUGUAAUGGCUUUUCUUCUGUUUCUUUUUCUCAUGUUAGAAGAGAUGGGAAUUGUGUUGCCCGUAACCUCGCUAGAGUAGUGUCGUUUGGUGUUGAGCAAUGUUGGGAGCAUUGUUGUUAA